AUGAUGACAUCUUUUGCUGUCCUUUGUCUAUCAAUUGCUAUAAUUGAAUCCCUGGCAGGAAUUCUAGGAAAUGGAAUUAUCUUGGCUGCCAGUUCAUCGAACUGCAUUGGGAGCAAGACAUGGCCCCCAUAUGAUAUGAUUGUGAUCUCACUGAGUUCAUCUAAAUUAAUUUUGCAGUCAUGGAAUACACUGGAUUUCUUAAUGAAUAUAUUUUAUGAACCCUUCUUUUAUAAAGAAAACCUGCUAACAGUCACCAAGAUAAUUUUUACGUUUCUGAGCUACUCCAGCCUCUGGUUUGGAGCCUGGCUUAGUGUCUUCUAUUGUAUCAAGGUUGCCAGUUUUACACAGUCUUUCUUCAUCUGGCUGAAGCUAAGAAUUGCCAGACUGAUGCCCUGGAUGCUGCUCACAGCAUGGCUCUGCUCCUUCACAGCUGCAAUUCCCUUUGCCUGGGAUGUCUCCAGUGUGCACAAGAACAUCACUGUUCCUCUACACAUGACAAACUCUUCAGCAAGAAGAACCACACGGAAGGACAGUUUGGGUUUAUUAAUUCUUCUCUGUAAUGCCGCUAUAGGUGUGCCUUUAAUACUGUCUGUUGUUUCAAAUAUCCUGCUAAUUCGGUCUCUGUGGAUACACACUAGACGCAUGCAAAAUAAUGCAAGUGGCUUCAGGGAUCCCAGCUUAGAGGCCCAUAUGAAAGCCAUCAAGUCAGUCUUUUCCUUCCUUACCCUUUACAUUAUAUUUUUUAUUUGUGUGCUUAUAAUUGUAUUCAACACUUUUUUACCUUUAAGCAAUGGAGACUCAAUCUUUGUAGUUUUAAUGGCUGCCUGUCCUACAGCACACACAUUGGUCUUAAUUUGGAGCAAUCCAAAAUUUCAAGAGCUGCCUGCUAGGAUUUGGCAACACACUAACUGUCAUAUCAGAACUGCAUCCAAGUAA